UGAUUUUGGAUGAUUGAAUUGGGAAUUAGGGUUUUGAUGAGAUUCUGUUUAUGCAAAUACUAAUUUUUCGAUGUUUUCCUCGAGAAAUUUGAUAGUUUUGGAGCAGUUUGACUUCACAAUUGAGGGCUUUUUUAGGGUUCCUCUCUGAUUCUCUUGCAUGUUGUGAUAAUCGAAUUGGGAGUUGGGGUUUUGGUGGUAUUCGAUUUAUGAUCGAGAAAUUGUUUAACCUGUUAAGCGAAUUUCCUCUAGAAUUUGGUGCUUUUGGAUCUGUUGGAUCUAGCCGCGGCUGUAUUAGGGUUUAAUAAAUCUUUCGAAAUGGGGAGUUAGGGUUUUGAUGGGUUUCAUUUUACGCAAAGAGGAAGUAAACAAUAUGUUUGAGAAGAAGGCACGUUUGCUAUCAUAUCUGUUGCGGAUCUCCUCAGAUGCCUGUUUGAUCGAGCGUUAAGAUAUCUUCUCAUUUAGAAUUGCAUAAUGACUGAGUCAUAGUCAAAGGGAAAAAUUUGGGAACCUUUAGUUUCGCACAAUUCUAUGUAUAUUCUUCAAAGGUUGGUGGAUUCAGAGGCUUGGUUUGCUGAUAUGAAGAGAUUGAAGAAGAAUUUGUGACACCUAUGUUACAGCCCAACUUGUCUGAGUUGGUUAAUUUCUGAACGCGUUUGUUCGUCAGUUUGUCUUUCUCACGGAAGGGCAGAGUUUCGAAUUGGGUAUAGUGUUCAAGGAGAAGAUUGAAUGUUCCCUUCAUAUUAGCCGAUGUACAGAUAAUUCUAAUCUGUUCCGAGGCAAAAGAUCUCCAGAGUUUUUUUUAAUAUUUGAUAUAUCAUUUCUUUUGAUGGCCCAAAGGAUAGAAAUUGUUUUGCCUUUUCUGCUUUUCUUUCUCGUGUUAAAUGGCCAUACAUUGGCGGAGUCUGAGAAGGAAAUUGUUCACAGAAUUCGAACUGCUCCUCACAGAAACAUCGAGAAUAAAGUUAAUGAUGGAACUGUUACAGCUGGGUUUGAUAAUUUCCAAUCAUUUGGAGAGAGGGAGGUUGGUCGGAGCAGAGUGUCGGUGUCAACUGUUGCAUGGCUUACUCUUGCCAUGGCCGCGGCAACUGGGCUGGGAGCGAUCCCUUUUUUCUUUGUGGAGUUGGAGGCCCAAUGGGCUGGUGUGUGUAAUGGCUUGGCUGCUGGGGUGAUGUUGGCCGCAAGCUUUGAUCUUGUUCAGGAAGGCCAGGAUUACGGUGGUGGAAACUGGGUGGUUGUUGGGCUUUUAAGUGGAGGGAUCUUCAUUUGGCUUUGUAAGAAGUUUCUUGAACAAUAUGGAGAAGUAAGCAUGCUGGACAUUAAAGGUGCCGAUGCUAGUAAAGUAAUACUUGUGGUUGGAAUAAUGACACUUCAUUCUUUUGGAGAGGGUUCAGGCGUUGGGGUGUCCUUUGCUGGAUCAAAAGGACUUUCUCAAGGAAUUCUGGUAACCCUAGCAAUAGCUGUGCACAACAUACCUGAAGGUUUAGCUGUGAGCAUGGUUCUUGCUUCUCGAGGGGUCUCCCCGCAAAAUGCCAUGUUGUGGAGUUUCAUUACAUCAUUGCCUCAGCCCCUUGUAGCUGUUCCAUCGUUCCUUUGUGCCGAUGCAUUCCACAAGGUCCUUCCAUUCUGUACGGGCUUUGCUGCUGGAUGCAUGAUAUGGAUGGUGAUUGCUGAGGUCCUCCCUGAUGCUUUCAAGGAAGCUACUCCAUCUCAAGUUGCUUCUGCCGGCACACUUGCUGUUGCUUUCAUGGAAACUUUAAGCGUAGUGCUUCAGGGGUUUAGCCAUGGAUACAAAUCCGAAGAUGCCUCAGGCUUCUUGGUGUCAUUUCUGUUCGGUCUUGGCCCGCUUUUUGGCGGCAUCACCCUUGUUGCCUUCACUCUUGCUUUCCACCUGCCGCAUACUCUCCUAACCGGUGUGGCUUCUGGCAUUGCCUUUCUCCUCGCGGCAUGGCGACCCUUACAACUACUCGCUGCCUCAAAAAUGGGCUUCUUUUCCCUCCUCACUAUCCUUUUCUCAGGCUCCGUUUUCUACCAUGCAGCCACAUCCAGCAUAUUAAACCUGGUACAGCGCAAGAAGGCCUCCGUCAAUGAUUUCCCGCAUUCUUCUACCCUUUCUUUAAGUGCACUAACUUUGCAAUCAUUCUUGGCGUGCGGGGCCAUCUCCCUACACGCCCUAGCCGAAGGGCUAGCCCUGGGGGUGGCAGCCCCCAAAGCUUACGGCCUCGGCCGCCACAUGGUACUCCCGGCCUCCCUUCACGGCUUGCCACGUGGUGCUGCCGUCGCCAGCUGCAUAUUCGGCGCCACCGACAGCUGGCGGGCUGCCCUGGCUGCCGCUGCCCUAACUGGGUUCGCAGGUCCCACCUCAGCUAUCGGUGCGAUACUUGCAGGCAUCGACUACAACGGGCUCGACUAUUGGAUGGUGUUUGCUUGCGGGACGUUGAUCCCUAGUUUCGGGCGGGUGUUUAAGCGGUCGGUGAGGUUGGAUGCCAGGAAGAGUUACUACGGGCUUUUGAUGGGGUUAGGGUUUGCGUGCCUGUGUUUAACGUCGACUAGGUUGGUUUGCUUACAUACGCCUUACUGCAAUUCAGCUCCGGAGGCGGUCAAAUAACUCUUGUUUGCUGUGUGCCCUCGUUACCGGAUUUGGCAGAGAGAUGCAGGUACAGUUGCAGAAGUAAGAAGAGGAAAAGCCCCUUGCCCCUUGAUAUGGUUAAUGAGGAAUCAUACUGUAACUAUGAUAUUCGCCAUGUAAUAUUUAGGGUUAUUUUCGUGUCAGCGCAAGUAGAUUACAGGAUCCACAUAAUGGAUGGAGAAAGGAUUAUUGAUUGAUCCUUCUUUCUGACGAAAUGCGAUGCUAUAUUCGAUUAUGUUCUCUCAUGAUGUAUAUACGAUCGAAGGUCUAUAUCACAUCUGUUUUAUUAGAGGCAUCAAUUUUACUGCAAGUGUUUCGAUUGUGCGACAAGAUAUAAGAGCUGUGCCCUAGUUUUAGACUAAGCCAUUUUCUAUGACAUUUUGGAGAUUGUGAAUCAGCAGCAUUCCGAUAUGUUUGAUACCUUUCUACUAUAUUUUUGGAUCUGUAUCCUGCAGUCUGAUAUGUUUGGUACCUUCCUACUAUAUUUUUGGAUCUGUCUUAUGCAUUCUGAUA